GCUUCAUUCCCACUCACAAACAAACACCUAAUAAAGCACAAUAAAACUCCCAUCACAAACACCCACCCUUCUUUCUCUCUCCUCCAUUUUGGAUCGACGGUGUCGGUGAUCCCCAAUCUCUCUCCUCCCCUCCCUUUUCUUCUUUCGCGCGAUUCACCCAAAUUUCCCAAAGAUCUCUCCUUCUCUUCCUCCUCCCCCCACCACAAAAUUCCCAAUUCCCAAAAUCCAGGAACGAGGAGGAGGAAGAAGAAAAUACCUUGAAACGAUCAUCAAUGGCGGGCGCAUCAAGACGAUUGAGGGACUUGCAAUCGCAAUCAGGCAAUAAGACUUGUGUCGAUUGUUCCCAGAAAAACCCACAAUGGGCAUCCGUCUCUUACGGCAUAUUCAUGUGUUUAGAGUGUUCAGGGAAGCAUCGAGGUCUCGGCGUUCACAUCAGCUUUGUCAGAUCUGUUACCAUGGAUUCAUGGUCCGAGAUCCAGCUCAAGAAGAUGGAGGCUGGCGGCAACGAUAAGCUAAACAUGUUCUUGGCUCAGUAUGGUAUUCCUAAGGAAACCGAUAUUAUCCCCAAGUACAACUCGAAUGCCGCUACAGUGUAUCGGGAGAAGGUAUCGGCUCUCGCUGAAGGCCGGUCGUGGCGGGACCCACCUGUUGUGAAGGAAUCGGUUGGUGGGGGGAGCAGGAAGCCGCCUCUGGGCGGUGGUGGGGGGAGUGGUGGGAGAAGUAGUGGUAACGGUAAUAGUGGGGGUUGGGAUAGUUGGGACAAUGAUGAUUCGUUUCGAUCAUCGUCGAAUGGUGGUGGGAAUGAUAUGAGGAGGAAUCAGUCUACUGGAAAUUUCAGGAAUAACAAUGGAAUUGGGAAUGGAAACGGGAAUCAUGGUCCUCAUAAGUCGAGAUCAUCAUCAGAUUUUACGCGGUCGCAAUUGGAGGAGUCCGCGGCCAAUAAGGAUAGUUUUUUUGCCAGAAAGUUGGCAGAGAACGAGACUAGACCGGAUGGUGUCCCUCCUUCUCAGGGAGGAAAGUAUGUUGGGUUUGGGUCUAACCCUAACCCUAACCCGACGCCCAGGAAUAAUAAUUCCCAGGGUGAUGUUUUCUCUGUUGUUUCUCAGGGAAUUGGGAAGUUGUCUUUGGUUGCUCAAUCAGCUGCUAGUGUUGUCCAAGCAAGCACAAAGGAUAUUACUUCGAAGGUUCGUGAAGGUAGCUAUGAUUACAAGGUGAAUGAAACUGUAAAUGUUGUGACAGCUAAGACUUCAGAGAUAGGUCAGAAGACAUGGGGCAUAAUGAGAGGUGUUAUGGCAAUAGCUUCUCAGAAGGUUGAGGAGAUAACGCGGGAGACAGGAGUGAACUGGAAGACUGAAAACCCACAUCAGACUGAAAAUGAAAGGAAUGGAUAUUAUCAAGACUUUAAGCAAGAAUCCCAGGGAUGGAACAGCAGUGGUGGUGGGGGCCAAUCUUCAUCUGGCAGGCAAAAUAAUAAUUCAGUGAGCUCUGCAUCUUGGGAUGAUUGGGACCAAAAGGACGACUGGAAGGAAGGUUCUAAAAAGGGAGGAUCUUAUGCUUCCCAUGGUAAUGGUAAUGGUAAUGAUGACUGGGCUGGUUGGGAUGACCCCAAAGAAGAAGACGGCUUUGACAAUUUCCAUCAGAACUCAACUAAAACAAGUUCUGGUCACAUUGGGAAAUCAGAUGCUAAAUGGGGGGAAGGCGGCUUCCUCUGAGGAUUAUCGUGUUAUUUGUCAGAUACAAAGGUAGUCUAUUCUAUAUGUGUACAAUUGCCACAGCAGGAAUUGGGAUUGUCCUGUCCCUUGGAAAGAGAAUCUUAUUUGUGACGUUGAGCCGGAUUCACUAUUGCUAUUGUUCAACUGCUUUUUCUUUUUCUUUUUCUUUUUUCUAGCGACUCUUGUCAAUGAUAAAUUUUCUUGUUUUCUACUACUUUGUUACUUAUAUAACCUGUAUCAUAGAUUCAUAGGACAUCCCUUGUUUAAUUUGUCACUGGAAUCAUAAUUGUCAUUAUCUUUCUCCUUUGGAUUUGGAUGA